GGCGAAAAUUAACAAUCAGGCGCCUCCAUAAAAAACCACGUGAAUUUAUCUCAAUUCUCCAUCUAUACAAAAACAGCACAUUAUUCAGUAUUCAGUGAUUCACCAACUCUCAUAAACGCGCCACCAAUGUCGGCGGUGAAACCACCGCAAUCAUCACCAUCUUCAUCUUCUUCAAUGUUCACUCUCAGAGGAUCUCUUCUAACCCUAGCUAUUCUCACUCUUAUCUCCUUCACUUUUCUCUCACUUAAAUCACUCCAUUCUCCUUCCAAUUCUCCUUCUCCGAUUUUAAAUUUGAGGGAAGAGAAAUCGACGGAAGAUGAGGAUCGGGAAGAGUUUUCGGAAGUUUAUCAUUCUUCGGAGAUUUUUAGGUUAAAUUAUGCUGAAAUGGAGAAGAAAUUUAAGGUUUAUAUAUAUCCUGAUGGUGAUCCGAAGACUUUUUAUCAAACUCCGAGGAAACUUACUGGAAAAUACUCUAGUGAAGGUUAUUUCUUCCAGAAUAUUCGAGAAAGUCAGUUUCGUACUGAAGAUCCUGAUCAAGCUCAUCUUUUCUUCAUUCCUAUUUCCCCUCAUAAGAUGCGUGGCAAGGGUACAUCAUAUGAAAACAUGACUUUAAUUGUCAAGGACUAUGUUGAGGGUUUGAUUGCCAAGUAUCCUUACUGGAAUAGAACAUUGGGAGCUGAUCACUUCCUUGUCACUUGCCAUGAUGUUGGAGUUCGGGCAUUUGAAGGGUUGCCAUCUCUCAUAAAGAAUUCUAUACGAGUUGUGUGCUCUCCAAGCUAUGAUGUAGGGUUCAUUCCGCACAAAGAUGUUGCUUUGCCUCAAGUACUACAACCCUUUGCUCUUCCCGCUGGAGGAAAUGAUUUAGAAAACAGGACAAUCCUUGGAUUUUGGGCAGGUCAUCGUAACUCCAAGAUUAGAGUUAUUUUGGCAAGAGUUUGGGAAAAUGAUACUGAGCUUGAUGUUUCAAACAACAGGAUAAGUAGGGCUAUUGGGCCUUUGGUAUAUCAAAAGAGGUUCUAUAGGAAUAAAUUUUGUAUAUGUCCUGGUGGCUCCCAAGUUAACAGUGCUCGCAUUACAGAUUCCAUCCAUUAUGGAUGUGUUCCUGUGAUUUUAUCUGAUUACUAUGACCUGCCUUUCAAUGACAUCCUUGAUUGGCGAAAAUUUGCUGUCGUGCUGAGGGAGAGAGAUGUUUACCAGCUCAAGCAAAUUCUCAAGGACAUACCUGAUGCAGAAUUUGUACAGCUUCAUAGGAAUUUGGUCAAGGUACAAAAGCAUUUCCAGUGGAACACCCCUCCUAUCAAUUAUGAUGCUUUCCAUAUGGUUAUGUAUGAGCUCUGGCUACGACACCAUGUCAUCAAAUACUGAGUUUCCUUUGCUCUGGCUGCGACACCACAUGAUCAAAUACGGAGUCCCUUUGCUCUGGCUGCCACACCAUGUUAUCAAAUACAAAUUCCCUUUGCUUUGGCUGCAACUCCACAUGAUCAAAUACUGAGUUCCCUUUGUUUGACACAAAGUACGUUGUUUUCUCGGCACCUCUCUUUUUGUACACUCGUAAGAUUGUAGACCCGGAUGAAGAUGAAAGGAAAGUAAUGCCUAGUUGCCGAUUCUGUAGUUCUGUAAAUUAUGACUCUAAUGUUUGUUCUACAACAAUACUUCAUUCAAAGCAGCAGUCUAAAGGUUAUCGAUAUGUAGGAGGAUAUGUCAAAAUUCAUUUAUUUGUAUUUCUUCAUGUACCUGUAAUUCUUUGUUUCAUACGAGAGUAACAUCUGAAAAGUCAUCAGCUGUUCAGCAA